AUGACGGACCAGCCCCUGAAACAGAUCCUUUCCAAACCCGAGUCCUCGGGUCGAAUGGUGAAGUGGGCUGUGGAAUUGUCGGAGUACGACCUGGGAUAUCAGCCCAGGACGGCCAUCAAAGCCCAAGCAUUGGCAGACUUCAUAGCGAAUGGCGUUUCUUUUGGAUCGCCCGAAGCGGAGGUCGAUCAGGCCAGGAACAUACAGGCCAGGAAGGAUGGAGAAGAUGCUAAAGAUGCGCACACCGGACAAGCAGCCAAAACCUUACAGACCUCAAAAACUAUCAAGGCCACCCAGACCAGAGACGCAGCAGAGGUCUUACAGACCGGAGAUGCUGCCGAGGUCACCCAGGUCAUCCAGGUAGCAGAGGUCGGACCGUCCGAAGAGGCAGCUGAGGCCAAGCAGGCCAAAGAAGCUGCCGAGGGCGGACAGGCCGGAGAGGCGGCUGAGGCCAAACAGACCCAAGGAACUGCCAAGGUCGGACAGACCGGAGAGGCAGCAGAGGUGGGACAGGCAUUAAACGCUGCCGAGGCCAAGCAUUCUGGAAAGGCAGUCAAAGUUGAGUUGGCCAGAGAUACGGCCCAGGCCGAGAAGGUUACGGAGGCUGCGGGACGAGCUGAUCCCACUUGGACGUUGUACGUGGACGGUGCGUCAAGUAAGGAAGGAUGUGGUGCCGGGCUCCUUCUCAUUAGCCCUACUGGGGAGGAGCUGCCCUACGCUCUGAGGUUCGAUUUUAGAGCUUCUAACAAUGAAUCAGAGUACGAGGCUCUGAUCGCAGGGAUGGAGAUGGCCCGGAAGUUAGGGGCUAGAUUAAUAAAAAUUUAUAGCGACUCGCAGCUGAUAGUGAACCAAGUAGGGGGAAGCUACGAGGUCAAAGAAGGGUCACUAAGAAAGUACGUGGCCAAAACGUGUGAACUGAGGGGUCAGUUCGAGCAGUUCGCGCUCGAGCAGAUUCCGCGGAGCCAGAACAAGAGAGCCGACGCCCUAUCUAAGCUAGCCUCCACCUCAACUGGCUUCUCAGGUCGGGGAAUACUGGUGGAGGUCGUCAGAAGUCGGGCCUAUGAACAGGUAAGCGCUGCAGUCAUUCAGGUAGUGAGCUCUUGGAUGGAGCCUAUCAUUCAGUAUCUGGUUCGUGGGGAGCUUCCGUCGAACAGGACAGAGGCCCGCAAAAUCCUCAUCAAGUCGCAGAAGUACGCACUCACACAUGGAGUUUUGUACAGGAAAUCUUACUUGCAGCCUUGGUUGAGGUGCGUAACGCCUGAGGAAGGUAGCUAUGUUUUACGAGAGCUGCAUGAAGGCAUCUGCGGCAACCAUGUCGGCCCGAGAGUAUUGGCCAAGAAGGGAAUGUUGGCUGGGUACUAUUGGCCCACCAUCUUUAGGGAUUCAGCCGAGCUGGUAGCCAGGUGUAGGUCUUGCCAGCUACAUGCCCCAAUCCAUCACACCCCCACUCAGGAAAUGAUUCCUCUCAGCAGCCCGUGGCCAUUCUUCCAGUGGGGGAUUGACCUGUUGGGGCCGUUUCCCCGAGCUCUAGGUGGCUGUGAGCACUUGGUGAUAGCCAUUGAUUACUUCACCAAGUGGAUAGAGGCCGAGCCCCUCAACACGAUAAGCAGCAGGUCGAUCCAGAAAUUCCUUUGGAAAAGCAUAGUCUGCCGAUUCGGCAUACCGAGGGCUCUCGUCUCGGACAACGGCAGACAGUUCGCUGAUCAAUCUCUCCGGGAAUGGUGCACCGAGCUCGGCAUCCAGCAGCACUUCACCUCACUGGGGCAUCCUCAAGCCAAUGGGCAGGUCGAGAAUGUUAACAGAACCAUCCUGCACGGCCUGAGGACAAGAUUAGAGUCUGCCCGAACUAAUUGGCUGGAGGAGCUACCCACCAUACUAUGGGCCUACCGGACAACACCUCGGACGGCCACCCAAGAGACCCCCUUUGUCCUGACAUAUGGGGCCGAAGCAGUGAUUCCAGCAGAGGUCGGAGUACCCUCAGGUAGGGUGCAACACUUUGUGGCUCAAGAUAAUGAGGAGGAGAUCCAGCUUAACUUGGACCUGAUCGAACACCGAAGGGAAGAGGCGGCUAUACGAAUGGCUAAGUAUAAGGGCCAGGUCGCACGCUACUACAAUGUUAGGGUAAGGCACCUUUCCUUCAAGCCAGGAAACCUGGUGUUACGCAAGAACUCCGUUAGCCGAGCUGUGGGCACGGGUAAGUUAGACCCAAACUGGGAAGGUCCCUACGUGGUAAAAGAAGCUCACCGGGCAGGUUAUUGUAAGCUAGCUCGCCUGGAUGGAAGCGAAGUCCCGCGUACCUGGCACAACUCAAAAUCUAAUGCUUUUUCUUUAGUAUCCUGCCCGAGCUGA